ACACGCCUAACCAAUUUUUUUAAUUGAGAAUGGAAAUGCUGUACGCAACCAUGUUUACAACCUUAGCAAAACGUAGUGGUCUUCAAAAAGCGACAAACUAUUCACUGAUCGUAUCGAGAUCGUUUAGAACAACACAACCAACAAAAAAAAUACAAGCUACUACACCUUUAUUGCUAUCAAAAAACAAGGCUCCUUUACUUACGUGUACGCACAAGAUACAACGCCAUUUUUCUAUAUGGAACCUACCUUUAAAGCUUAUGACAGCUUCACCCUUACAGAGACGUUUGACGCUUAUUGGCCUAGGAGGCUUGGGAUUAGCCACUGCUGUUGUUUUAGGACCCUUCUUAUUAGUAGGUCUCGGUAGUUUUGGUGCUUUAGUUGCUUUCCGUAUAUGGCGCUUUAAGCGACAGUUAAAACAACACACUGAACAGGAUUGGCCUGACUAUAUUACAAACUAUAUACGACAGCAACCAUUCACAAGCGGACUGUUCGGUCAGGAUCAGCGCCAUGUUCAAUCAGAAGCUUUACGUCGUUUUAAUACAUGGGCACAUACAGAUCAAGGACAUCAUGACUUGAUUGAAAUGGGUAUUCAUCCUGACCAUGUCUUACAAAACGUGUCUAUGCGUGGAUCCUCUUAUAGUUCUUCUAGCUCCACUACUACAGGUCAAAACAGAACAGAAAUCAAGAUUGAAUUGGAUUUAAGGAAUGCACCAGGCAGUGUAUUGAUUGCCAGAGCUGAAUUAGAUAAAGAAUCUAAUGAAUUAAUAAUGAGAGAUAUUCGAUUGGUCACAGCCUCAGGAUGUGUCGUGUCUGUGCCCCUUUCGGCAGUACAACAGAAUCGAACUAAAGGAAGGAUUAUAGAAGGAGAAUUCCGUGAUGUUCAAUAAAUUCUAUGAGAAGUCCUCUUGUUUUAUUUGUCAAAUUUCAAGCAUUUUCAGUAAAGACAAUUCUUUACCCUUUUGUCAG